CUCAGACUCGUGGGCUUGAGGAGUCGCGCCCGCAAUCCAGGAGUCGCGCCUCGCGUUGUGGGCUCCCGCUUGCCGCCCUUGGCCCGCUCACUUGCCCGCCACUUGCUUCACGUGCCAAUUUUGAUCGCAGCCUCCUCUGGCCAUCCGCCGCCGCCACGGUUUGCUCGCCCGCCACUGCUCGCCCGCCACCGGCCCUCAGCGCCGUCGCUGGCCGACGCCAGAGCCGAGGCAGCGAGUCACGAGGCCCGUAGUACACCCCCUUCCUCAUUGCAAAGCCAAGGGCAGGAUGGCGGGCAUCCUGGAGGCGCUGCCCGCCAGCAAGCGCUUCGAUUUAGUGGGCCCGGCAAAAUGCGUCACAGCGCUGGAGGCAGACCACACUGGCAGCCGGCUGGUGGCGGGCGGUAAUGACUACAUGUGCCACCUGUUCGACUUUGGCGGGCUCAAGGCCGACGGCAAGAGCUUCCGCAGCUUUGAGGUCACAGAGGGGCAUCCUGUCGUUGCGGUCAGCUGGUCGCCCACCGGCGACGCUUUUCUGGUCGUCACCUCUUACAGCCAGCCAAAGGUGUACAGCCGGGAUGGCAAGGAACUGGGAGAGUUCCCCAAGGGCGACAUGUACAUCAGGGACUUGAAGAACACCAAAGGCCACAUCACCAACUGCACGGGCGGCUGUUGGCACCCGAUGGACAAGACGACUGUACUGACUUGCUCGCAGGAUGGCACACUGAGGGUGUGGGAUGUGAUGGAGUUGCAGCAGAAAACCGUCAUCAAGCCGCAGCUGGCCAAGCCAGGGCGUGUGUCUGUGACAGGCUGCAGCUACUCGGCAGAUGGGCGAUUAAUAGCUGCUGGCCUUGCAGAUGGCACGCUGCAGCUGUGGGAUGUGCGAGGAAAGUUUGGGCAGUCGGCUGCCAUUGGACUGGUCCCUGUGCCCAGAGCGCAAAUGGUUGCAAAGCAAAGUUGGACAUAUGCAUCCACCCCAGGGCAUGUAGCUCGUGGGGCACACGCAGCAGGCAGCGACAUAACUUGCGUGUGCUUCUCGCUCAGCGCACAGAAUUUGCUGUCACGGGGAGGAGAUGGUACGAUCAAGCUGUGGGACCUGCGCAAGUUCAAGUCCCCAGUGUGCCAGGCCGGCAAGCUGCCAUGCAACUAUGGCUCAACUCAGUGCUGUUACAGCCCAGACGAGAAGUUAGUUCUGACAGGCACUUCAGCCGAGGCCAAGGACAGCACCGGCUCGCUAGUUGUGCUCAGUGCUGCUUCACUGGAGAUGCUGGGGGAGGUGGCGGUUGAUGGCAGUGCGGUAGCUGUGCAGUGGCAUGCACGCAUCAACCAGAUAUUUGUGGGGUGCGGGGGCCGCAGUGGAGGGUGCGUGCGCACAUUCUACGACCCCAAGCUGUCUUCCAAGGGUGCAGUGCUGGCAGCCUCGCGCGCUCCCCGAACAAUCACCACCGACUUCAUGCAGCUGUCUGCACCGAAGAUCUACAACCCCAACGCACUUCCGCUCUAUCGGGAAGACCUCCCUGGUCGGCCACUUCCGAAGAAACGGCGGAAAGAGGUGGAGGACGAGAAGCACAAGUACACACCAUCAGGAGGGAGCAUGGCCAAGGGAAUGGGCGCGGGUGGAGCUAUUGGUGCUACUGGUGGCACCCUGCUCACACAGCAUGUGCUCAAGCAGCAGGGAGGCCUGAAACCUCCGAGCGAGGAGGAUGCAAGGCAGGCCUUCCUCCGCCACGCCGACAAGAAGGAGGACGCUUUCUCCAGGUUCACUGAAGCGUACCGCUCCACGCAGCCAACAAGAGUGUAUGCCGAGGAGGAGGACGAGGAGGAGCCGCCGGAGGAGAAGUAGGCUUGAUGCAUUUGGGAGGUUCCAAGUCCAAGACUGCACGCCAGAAACUUGUCCCAAGCAAUUGUCCCAGUCAAUUCAGGUUGAAAGAUGGGGGGCCAGCCUGCGGCGCAUGCGAGGUGCCAGCCUGGCGGCGAGCCCACCCCAGUGCCCCUGAUUCAUCAAGUUCCAGAUUAAACUCUUGACCUCCCUGUCUCCUUCUUCUCGUGGAUGUUUGGCAUGCCAACCCAUACCAUGCCCCGUCGGUUCAUCACCACGGGCUCUCUGAACGCAGCACGCCUGCAAAUUGCCACUAGGCAAAUGAGUGCAACAGAAGUGGUUCGCAAUUACCUCUCCGGCUUGCGCCGAUUAGAACCACAGCUGAACAGCUUUAUUGCUGUCGAUGUGGAGCACGCCCUGUCGCAGGCGGCAGCCAUAGACAAUCAGCUGGCAAAGGGUGAAGAAAUAGGGCCGCUGGCUGGCGUCGUCAUGGGCAUCAAGGACAACCUGUGCACCCAGGGACUGCAGACAACAGCAGGCAGCAAGGAGCUGCGGGGCUAUGUGCCGCCUUAUGAUGCCACGGCGGUGGCGCGCCUGCGGGCUGCUGGAGCUGUGGUGGUGGGCAAGACCAACAUGGACGAAUUUGGCAUGGGCAGCAGCUGCGAAAACUCGGGGUUUCAGCCCACCUUCAACCCUUGGGACACGGACCGCGUGCCAGGGGGCAGCAGCGGUGGAUCUGCUGCGGCGGUGGCCGCCAACCAGUGCAUCGCGGCACUGGGCAGCGACACAGGUGGCAGCAUCCGGCAGCCUGCCUCCUUCUGUGGUGUGGUUGGCGUCAAGCCUACAUAUGGGCGUGUGUCACGCAAUGGUCUGGUGGCCUAUGCGUCCUCCCUGGACUGCGUGGGGCCCAUUGCCCAGACAGUAGCAGAUGCGGCGGCUGUGCUGUCCGUCAUUGCAGGUCCUGACAGUGCAGAUGCCACCUGCAGCCAGCGACCUAGCGAGGACUUUACGGAGGGACUGGUCCCCCUGGAACAGCUGAGCAGCAAGCCGCUUGCAGGGCGGCGGCUGGCGGUUAUCCAGGAGACGAGCGGAGAGGGGGUGGCAGAGGCGCUGGCCGCGGCAAUCAAACAUUUGCAAGAACUUGGGGCUGAAGUGUCGCUAACUUGUUUUGGUGUGGGCUUGCCCGCAUAUUAUGUUAUCGCAUUGUCAGAGGCAUCCAGCAACCUGUCACGCUACGAUGGCGUGCGGUAUGGUCAGCGUGCAGAGGCAGAUGAGCUGCGCAGCAUGUAUGGCAAGACCAGGCACAACGGCCUUGGCAGCGAGGUGGCGCGGCGCAUUCUCAUGGGCACGUAUGCUCUGUCGGCAGGAUACUAUGAUGCCUACUACAAGCGCGCGCAGCAGGCAAGCAGCCAGAAGGGUGGGGCUCUCUGGUACUCGUGUGGAGAGAUGCCGCGCCCUUUGGUGCGCACACUGGUUCAGCGGGAAAUGGGCUCGGCGCUGCAGCAGUAUGAUGCACUGCUGUGCCCGGCAGCGCCUACAGCAGCAUACCGAGUGGGAGAGAAGACCAGCGACCCACUGGCCAUGUACAAGGGCGAUCUGAUGACCGUAAACCUCAACCUGGCUGGCCUGCCAGCAGUGUGCUUGCCAUGCGGCUUUGCCGAACAGCCUUCUGGCGGCACGCUGCCGGUGGGCAUGCAGAUGAUUGGGCGCGCCUUUGGGGAGGGUGAUCUGCUGCAGUUGGCCCACAUUUUUGAACAGACUGCGGCAGUGAUGGCCCUCCGGAGACCUGCUGUGUAUUUUGAGGCCUAGUCCAGUCCAACUUGUGGCAGAAGUUGCACAAAUAGCCCGCUGUUUUGAGGGCAGAAUGUGUCAAAAUCAUUUGAAAAUUGGAGAAAGUGAGAGCAAGAGAACAGCAAUUGGCGUCCUUAUCUCUCAAAGUCCUUGGUAAAUCCUUGGUCCUUCUGGUCAUCUCAGUCCUUCUGGUCAUCUCCCGCCUUGACGGGAACCCGCUCUGCCAGAACUUCGCCAGUCUUCUUCAGGUAGCGCACUUUCUUGCCAUCAACCUCCUUGAAGCCGACGCGGCUGGCCACCUGCUGCGCCGUGGAGUAGACGGCCACAUUGGAGUGGUGCACGGGGAACUCCUUCUUCACAAUCUGCCCCUGCUCCCCCUGCUGCGCCGGCUUGACGUGCUUGGUCUUGAUGUUGACGCCCUCCACCACCACCUCGCCGCGCUUGGUGUUCACCUCCACCACUGUGCCCACCGUGCCCUUGUCGCUACCGGCAAUCACCUUUACGGUGUCGCCCUUCCGGACGUGCAUGGACACACGCUGCGGCUUGCCAUUCUGGUUCAGCUCAAGGUGCUCCCACUUCUUGCCGGGGCCAAUGACGGCUGCGCGGAUGACGAGCGUGCGUGGGGCCGACGGUUGCUGCCGUGGUGUGGCCUGGAAGGGCUUGCUGGUGCCCAGGAAGUGACCUUGCAUAGCUGCAGCGGUCAUGGCCCCUCUCGUGAAAGCGUGCUCCCUGCCCGACAAGAGCU